GUCGCUUCUGGCGCUCAGGCUGGAGGGGCGGGCUCCGGAGGCUCCUGUCAGCCGCGGGCGCUGCGGAUCCCAGGGCAGCCCUCGGGCGGCAGGCGCUGCCUCGUGCGUCGUGGCUCGGCCCUCCUGCGGCCGUCCGGGGCGGCGAGUUGGCGGCGGGAUGUGCUCUGCCGGGGAGCUGCUGCCGAGCGGCGGCGGCGGCGAGCGCGACGAGGACGGAGAAGUGCCGGCGGAGCAAGCGGCGGCGGAGACCGAGUGGGAGCCCGGGGAGAGCCCGCGGCGGCGCAGGCGGCGGUCGCAGGAGGAGAGCGAGCAGGAUAUUCAAGAAUCACAAAUCGAUGCUGGGGAGCCUGUCAGAGAUGACUACAAAAAGAUGGGAACACUUUUCGGUGAACUGAACAAAAGCCUUAUCAACAUGGGCUUCACAAGGAUGUAUUUUGGAGAACGAAUUGUGGAACCAGUAAUAGUCAUCUUCUUUUGGGUUAUGCUAUGGUUUCUUGGCCUACAAGCCUUCGGACUAGUUGCUGUUCUUUGCCUUGUCAUUAUUUAUGUGCAACAGUAAAACAUGGGCAAAUGAGCUGUGGGUUGACAUUUGGUAGCCAUAUUAUGUAAUUAUGAAUUUAUAUGUUUCACUAUAUGAAAGCUGAAAACAAUUUGCCUUGUUUCAGAUUAUGUGCUGGUUGUUUUGUAAUUAAAUUUGUAAGUGGAUAUUGUCUAAAAUUAAACUCAACUCUUGAUUAUAACAGGGUUGAAUAUAUAAUUUGUACCUUAUUCAAAACUCUUGUUUCAUUGCUGUGAUCUGUGCCCACUUUAGACACCCUUAUUCUACCCAAAGUCUUAAAUAAUACCACCAAAAAGUGAGCAGGGAAAAUAAGAGGAUAUGAAAUUAAAAUCAGGUAACAUAGUUCUAAAGCACUCCAGUGAAAUAUUGUAGAAGAAAAAGGAUGAAAAGAGGAUAUAAAAAUAUGUUUUAAUUGGAAAACAACUCCCCUCCCACUCCCACUCGCACCAAAUUAAUCUCAUUUUAUUUGGGAAAUGUUUGGAAGUUUUUGUCCCUGCUCAGCCCAAACCAAUGGAAAUGAUAAUUACCAUACACUACCUUAGUAUUUUGAUGAAAAUCAGUAAAUCUAAAGAUUGAAAAAGUAUAUAUUAUUGCUGAGGAAACUUCCCAAGUUAAAAUGUAGCUUUUCAACAAUGUAACACUUGGGCCUGGAAUCACGUCAGUUAAGGUUUUACGCAAUUUGUGGUGCUAAUUACUUUCUGUGAAUUUUUUAAGUCUUAUAAGCCAGGUGCAUCGUUGGCUGCACUCUAAAGUGAUGCUAUAUUUUCUUGUAUCUAACUGGCUGCAUAUUUUUUUCCUAGGGAGACAUUUGCAGUUUAUUUUUCUUUCAGAAAUUUACAAUUUUAUAGUUCUUUUAUAACAAUUAUUCCAAGAUUUAAAACAAUGUAUUUCCUAUCUUGGCAUGGAUUUUUUUCCCCAAAAAUUGAUUUAUAUUAGGGUUGAAAUAUUUUACCAUUUUAAGAAAAAAAAAAGCUCAUUUUUCUUUAGUAUCUGUAUUGGGAAAUACAGUAUUACAAUAUAAAUCCAAAUGCUUACAUUUUGAGUUUAAUAGCCAAUUUUAAUAAUAUUCCCCUUAGACUAAAGCCAAGUGAGUAAUUGGCUAGCCAUGUCAUUAAAGUAUCUUCAUUAAGCACUUUGGGGUUUUAUAUUGAAAUAAGCAUUUCUUUAUAAAUAUACCUUGAAAAUGGAAAAUGUCUUCUAGUGAUGUUUUGGAUUUUGUUAGAGAACCUAAAGACUUUGUACUCUCUUCUCAAAGACUGUAUCUCCAUAGACAGAGUGGUAGUUAAGAUAAUUAUCUAGGAAUUCAAGUUAAAUACAAGGAAAAUGCAAUGGGACAUUUUUAUCUUUGAUAACUCAAUAACUAAAGCACACAGAAUGUUUACUAUUCUACUUUGUAAAGUUUCUGCCCAGUCCUGUUUUAAAAAUCUUUAUUCUGUGAGUUCUCAUUGUCUUCCUAUUCUGAAGCAGAAAAUUUUUUUAAAUGUUUAACUUACAUUUCUGCAAUCAGAUAAUGCAAAGCAAAAACACCAGACUAAUACUAAAAAGUAUUGUGCAUUUAUAUAAAUAUGGACCUUUUAAAUUUUGACUUAAAAAAGACUUUGUACUAUAUGCAAUAUUUUCAUAAUAACUUUUAUGUAUUCAGCAUAAGUAUGAAUUAUUUGAAAAGGUGUUUUCAUUUGUGCACAGUAGAGUUGUCGGGUUUUUAAUGGAAGAGUCAUGAGAAUUUGUAUAUCUGCAAAAAAUAUUAAUAAGUACAUUCUUUUCUAAAGCUAUCAGAAAUUUUUAUUUCUCUUUUGAAUACAAAAAGAUAUAAUAUAAAAAAUAGCUCUGGUCCACCAGUGCCUAAUGUUGAAAAUAUUAUUAAUGUAAAUUUUAAUAGUAGUUAUUUCAUAUACUGUCAAUACUAUGCAUCUUGCGCACUCCUGUUAAUGGGGUAUAUAUUAAAUUAUAUACAGAAAAAAGGAGAUAUUUUGCUGCUAUUUCUAUAUAUGUUACUGGUUAGUACUGUAUACCAUCAAAUCUUGUUUUCUACAGAAACAAAAAGCAAACUUUGCUUAUUUGGUGGAGAUAAAAUAUUUUCUUUUGUGAAAUAUAUUAGAAUGCAGAUUGUAAGGACACCCUGAAAUGAAAAAAAAGACAAUUUCUUUGGUUCGUGGGAUAAGGAAUUAGGUUGAAAAUGAUUCUCAGUCAUUUCAAUCUAAGAUACAAGGCAUUUUUUUGAAAUUGUUAUUGUUUAUGAAUUAAUAUAUAGAAGUUACACUGCUAAGGUUAUUAGAUUAUUAAUAAUACUAUACUUCCAGCCCUCAAUACAGAGGAAAAGGAUUAAGAUCCACAAACUGACCAUAGAUGAAUACAUCUAUUUUCCUUAAAGCAAAAGUUCCAUAUUUUGUAGAAUUCUGCCCUCUCAUAUAUUCAGCUGCAAUAAAUACAGAAUAUUUCCCCAUUCCUGACCACCAGUCAGAUCAUUCUUGGUCAUACAGUAUGCUGGAGCCAGCUUACACUGGCUUGUGAGAGCCAAUUACGUGCAUUUUUUCCCCACUUCACCUUCAGUGGCAUCAAGUUGGUAGCUUGAAUUUGGCUAUGGUGGAGUAUUUAUACCACAGUAAUUGUAAAAUGCCACAAAUCAAAGCUUUUUCCCUCUGGAGAGCCAGUUGUUAAAACAUUUACCAGUAUACCACUGCUUAGCUACCCUAGAGGCCACAUUCACAUUUCUAGUCUCACAGAAAAGUGAAAUAAAGAGAAGAACACAAGGUAAAUCUACAUCUACCUAGCCAAGACUGUACUUGGAUUUUUUCUAUGUGGGUAUUAUGUGCCGUGGUUAUCUUCUGAUCAUUAUAUCUCUAUCUACUCACAAAUUUUGAUCAGAGAAAGUCUACCUGUCACUGAGCUGCAAAUCCAUUAAAGUCUACUCAGAAUUAGGAAAUGAGAAACUAUUACAGGGCUGAUAGAGGGCAAAUUAAGUAGAGGUCUGUUGAAAUAUAAAAAGCUCGAAAUAGUCAAAACUAGGUUUUGAAGAAUCAAGGGCUGUUUGGUUUGUAGAUUAUAUUUUAAUUUAUUUAUUUUACAAAUGUUCAUUGAUUUGGGGUUAUUUUAAAUGCUUUCAUUCUUCUUGAUAUUGCCCCAUUUGGUUUGGUUUGGUUUGGUUUGGUUUGGUUUGGUUGCCAGUUUACGACAUUGCAUGAUGAAGAGAGAAGAGAAAAAUUCAGAUAAUACUAUUUUAUUUCUGUCAGUAUCUCUAGUAAACGACUUGGACAAGGAGAAUAUAAACUAAUAUAAAAUUGAUGGCUUGAGGAAUUUUAUUAGACUUGGGGUCUUUUGUAACUCCUGUUUCUCUGGCCAACCCUUAAUUUUUAUGUUCCUUGGAGUAAUAAGAGAACUGCUUGUUCUCUCAUCACUAAAUGUCUCCUUGAACAAUGCCACCACUCCCAUUGCUUCAGUUACCAUUUGUAUACUAACAGCUGCCCUCUGCAUCUCCAAUUCAGAGCUUUGUACAGAAUAUAAGAUCCAUACAUUCAAUUGAGUACUCAACAUUUGCACUUAGAUAUGCCAUAGCACCUGUAAUUUAACAUCUAAAAAGGAACUCAACAUCCUUCUCUCAAACCUCUUCUUUCUGUAUUUUGCAUCUCAGCAAAUUACACAAUCCUCUCUACAGCUGCUUGAGCUGGAAUUGUAGAUGACAUCCUUAAUUCCUAUCUCUUCUAAACUGCUUAAAUAUAAUCAAUCACCACGUCCUGUCUAUUUUACUCCCUAAAAUUUUCUUUAAUCCUUCCAUGUCUCUCCAUUCCUAUUUUCACUAAAUUAGUCACCUGGAUUGCUAGCUCAGAGUCUUAAUUGGUCUCCCUGCCUUCAUUUUCCACUUUACAGCAGAAUAAUCUUUCUGAAACACUGGGUCUGAUUUCCUUGACCUAAAUUUUUUCCAUAGCUUUCUGUUGCCAUUAUGAUACAGUUCUUAUUCCUUAAUAUGUUUUACAAGGCCCUUCAUGAACUGGUUCUUGCAUGUCUCUUAGAAAAGAGAACUAUACUCCCACCCUCCCUUUCCAAGACUUAGCUGAACAGAACCUUUUUUUUUUUUUUGUAAAGAAACAUUCUCUUUCACUUCUAGACCUCAGUACAUGCUUUACCUGCUUUAACCCCUCCCCACCAGACUGACCAACACCUACACAGCUUACACAUGAUUUCAGCUUAGAUAUCAUGUUCUCCGGGAAAAAUUCUCUGACCCUUUUAAAUUCAGUUUAGGUAACUCAUUAUGUGCUUUCUGAGAAUUCAUGGUUUAUUAUAAUAGCUUGUCAACUUUUCUAUUAAAUGAUAAGCUUGACAAGGGCAGAAAAUAUGUCUUCUUCAUAAUUGCAUUUCCAGGGCCUAACACAAUGCCUGCUACAUACUAGGUGCUCCAAAUAUUUGUCAAAUGAAUCAAUCAACUUCAUUUAUUCAUGCUUUCCCCAUAGUACAUUAACAAAGAUCUAGAGUAAGUUGUAUUUAGAUUUCCUUGACUCUGAAAAUAUGUUUAUUGUACCUACAGAAAAUGGAUUGAUAUACAUGCUAUCAUUUGGAAAGUUUAUUCAUUUUUGAUGGGAGAAUAUUGCUGUUACAUACAUACAUUUACACUUGCAUUUCUUAACAGAAAAUGUUUUCAGUGUUGUACUUGGUUGAAUCACUGUUUCUCCAGAAAGGAUAUUUUAGAAUACAUAUAGUCACUGAUGCUACCUAGAUUUCAUACUUUUCCAGUAUUUCUUAAUAGACCUUCAUCUACUAAAUUUUAAUUUUUUAAAAAACACUGAAGUUUUGAGCAAGAGUUCUCAAGUAUCUAAGCUUCAUCUUUUAGGCUCCAGAAUAAAUUCACUACUAGAAAGUCUAGUAACCCAGAUCAUAUAUGUUCAAUAACAUGUAUAUAAAGUAUUUUGUUAUUCUUUCUAAUAAAAACUGCUUUUAUAACCCUG